AUGAAGUUCGGUCAACAGCUCCGGCAAUCUCUUAUCAAGGACUACUAUUGGCACUAUAUUGCCUACGAUGACCUCAAGGACGCCCUCAAGAAGCCUUUUGUCAAUGGCAAGAGUGGAGAACGCGAGCCCUGGACCGAAGAUGACGAAGCCUCCUUCAUCCAACUGCUAGAAGCCGAGCUGGACAAGGUCUAUACUUUUCAAAAGCUCAAGAGCCAGGAAAUCGUCUCGAGGAUAAAAUCCAGUGAAGCAGAGGUCAAACAGGUUCUCGAACGUCAGGAGCAGCAGGGACAUUCUGAUCCUGAGUCCGAUAGCGAACUUGAGGCUGAUUUCGAACUGUUGGAGCAAGAUCUGAGCGAUAUCAUCGCCGACGUGCACGAUUUGGCCAAGUUCACCCAGUUAAACUAUACUGGCUUCCAGAAGAUCAUCAAGAAGCAUGACAAGCAAACUGAUCUGAUCCUCCGUCCUUCCUUUGCAACCAGACUGAAGGCGAAGCCUUUCUUCGCCGACAAUUACGACGCCUUCAUCGUUACCCUCUCCAAGCUCUAUGACCUUGUUCGGACAAGAGGCCACCCUGUAAAGGGCGACAGUUCUGCGGGGGGUGCUCAGCAAAACUUCGUCCGUCAGACAACAAAAUAUUGGGUUCACCAAGACAACAUCACCGAGCUCAAGCUCAUCAUCCUCAAGCAUCUGCCCGUCCUCGUCUUUAACCCCAACAAGGAAUUCGAAGAGAAAGAUUCGGCAAUCUCUUCGAUAUACUAUGACAACCCGGAAACAUGGGAACUGUACGAAGGCCGUCUCAAAAAGACCGAAGGCGCCGAGGCAAUUCGUCUGCGUUGGUAUGGUGGGAUGGAGACUGAGACAAUAUUUGUGGAAAGAAAGACGCAUCGAGAGGACUGGACGGGGGAGAAGUCUGUCAAGGCUCGAUUCACUCUGAAGGAGAAGAACGUCAACAACUUCCUUGCCGGUAAGAUGACAGUCGAAGAAGCCUUCGCGAAGAUGAGAAAGGAGGGGAAGAAAAGCAUUAAAGAAAUCGAAGAUCUAGAACAGUUGGCUCGCGAGAUUCAAUAUCGCGUCGUUACACGGAAACUGGUUCCUGUGUGCCGGUCCUUCUAUCACCGUACAGCCUUUCAGCUUCCAGGCGAUGCCCGCGUGCGUAUCUCUCUGGACACCGAGCUGACAAUGGUCCGAGAAGACAAUCUCGAUGGUAGAGACAGAGCAGGCAAGAAUUGGAGACGAAUGGACAUUGGUAUCGACUGGCCUUUUUCACAGUUGCCUCCGGAAGACGUCGAACGCUUUCCUUAUGCAGUCCUGGAAGUCAAGCUGCAGACGCAAGCUGGCCAGGAGCCCCCUCAGUGGGUGCGAGAGCUGACAUCAAGCCAUUUGGUCGAAGCUGUCCCAAAGUUUUCCAAAUUUAUCCACGGAUGUGCCACUAUGUUCCCCGACAGAAUUAAUCUUCUGCCAUUCUGGUUUCCACAGAUGGAUGUCGACAUCCGAAAACCCAUCUCUCACCGCUUUGGAAUCGAACGACCAGCCAAUACGGUCAGCUAUUCGACUAGUGACGUUGAUGAGGAUGAAGAGGACUCUGAUACUGAAUAUGGCCAGGCGACUGGCAAGACCACACCAUACACCAACGGUUCUCACUCUUCUGGCGAUGACCAACAGCAGCGGUUGAAGGCUGCAAGGCGGGCCUUGGACGAACAUAGUCGCGCCCAGGCCCAAGACGUCCGAGACGCAAAUGCUGCUCCUGGAAACUCAUUGGACGAGGAAGAGCGUCUAGCCGCACUCCCGUUGGCCGAGGAGGAGUAUAUCUAUGACUCUGAAAUGGAGGAUGAAGAAGACGAAUCUUCAGGUGCUCAGCACGAUAAGUCCUCGUGGAAAGCGUACCGCGAUGUGCUGGAGCACCAUGCGCAAGUGGUAAGCGAUGCAAUCGUCAAACUCUUCCGAAAGAUACCUACGUCGACCCCUCUACCCCAGAAUGGAAACAUUGGUGGUGUCAACCCUCUUGGUGGCCAAGUCCAAGUCAAACGCUUCAAAGCCCCACCAGGCAAAAGAAUCCACGUCCCUGUUCGAGUCGAGCCGAAGGUCUACUUUGCAACUGAAAGAACCUUCUUGUCGUGGCUGGAGUUUAGCAUCAUCAUCGGCUCUGUUGCAGCCACUUUGCUCAACUUCGGUGAUAGUGUCAGUCUUGCUUCGGCCUGGGGCUUUACCGUUGUCGCUUGCGCAGCUCUAAUAUACAGUGCCGUUAUCUACUGGCUGCGUGUACAGAUGAUUCGGAAACGAAGAGCAAGUGUGUCGAGAUACUACGACAAGUAUGGUUCAACGGCAUUGUGCGCGGGGCUCUUUGCUGCCACUGCCGUUACUUUUGUGUUCAGAGUGAGGGAGAGUGGAUGGUGA